AACAAACACACAAAAAUUAGUUAUAAGAGCUGGGGAAUGGGCGCUAUACGGCGCAUUUUUAAAUUGUCAGCCGUAGAUGGUAGUAAAAGAUCGUGAAUGGAGCUAUGAAUACGCAGGCAAACCAAAAACGCGAAACAAAUCCGUUUCUAGAGGCAAAUAUAUUUUCAAAGUGGUUUUUCGUAUGGAUGCGUCAUGUGUUCGGCAAAGGACGCCGAGAAGAACUAUCAGACAACGAGCUAUACGCCAAUCUGCCCACCUUCGACAGCGAGAAGCUGACGGAGGACUUGCAGCAGCCCUGGACACGUGAAUCGCAGCGCAGCAAAAGGCCAAGUGUGCUACAUCUGAUCUUCACAUUUUACGGCUGCCAAUUCGUACCAGUCUGUGUGAUCUACUCAACGUUGGAGAUCGUUAUACACGCCUUUCAGCCACUUUUUCUGGGCGGUUUGAUCUCUUACUUUGCCGAGGGACAAACCAGUAUCAGUAAGGAAAGCGCAUACAUGUACGCCAUGGGCAUUGUUCUGUGCUCGCUAGUGACUUCACUGGUGUUCCAUCCAUUUAUGUUCUAUGUAUUUGCCGUGGGCACACGUAUCCGAGUGGCCUUUGCUGGGCUUAUAUACCGAAAGUGUUUGCGGGCGGCAAUAAAUGGCCGAGAUGGACUGGGCGCGUUGGCCAUAUCAGUAAUGUCCAUCGAUUUGCCGCAGUUCGAUUUGACAUUUUAUUUCUUUCACGAUCUUUGGAAGGGCCCUGUGGAGGCGUGCAUCUUUGGAUACAUUAUGUACACACAGAUUGGCUGGACGGCUCUGAUAGGAAUCGCCUUUAUUGUUCUAUUGAUUCCGUUGCAGGCCUGGGCAGCCAAGGCGGCGGCUCGAUUUCGCACAAGAUCGGCGGCACAGCGAGAUCGACGUGUCAAGCUAAUGAACGAAAUUAUAGGCGCCAUGCAGGUGAUUAAAAUGUAUGCCUGGGAGCAAUCUUUUGCGAAGUUAAUAGCCACCGUGCGAAAGCUCGAGGUUAAAGAAAUACGCGGUUCCAUGAGCAUCUACGCAGCGCUGCAGUGCACCAAUAUGAUAUCGAAGGUGUCCCUAUUUCUCAGUCUCAUUGCUUACGUGUACACCGGAGACGUGGUCACCGCACAAAAGGUGUUUAUACUCUCGUCUUACUACAGUCUUUUGAAUGAUUCAUUGCUCCACUUUUGGCCAUUGGCCAUCACCACCUGGGCACAGACUGUGGUCAGCGCAAGGCGUGUAACGGAAUUUCUGCAGCAGGAGGAGUCACCCACGACGAGUAAAGACUGCUCCAGCUGUCGUGACAAUCCCAUAAUGCAACUCAACACAGACACUGCGGCAUCAGCCAAGCCACUUUCUGACGGUCGACUGCAUUGCGUGGAGAGCGAUGUGAAGUCUCUUCGUUUCAGCAAUGUCAGUGCGAGCUGGAACAUGCCAAACACUCGGCAAGCGCGCCGCGCGCAUAUUGAAGGCAUCAGCUUUGAGCUGCGAGCGACGCAAAUGGUGGGCAUUGUUGGAAACGUUGGCUCUGGAAAAAGUACCCUCUUGAAUGUUAUUUUGGGCGAAGUGGAGCUGAUGCAGGGCCGCGUAGAGCUGCACGGCAAGUUGAGCUAUGCACCGCAAGAGCCAUGGAUCUUUCAGGCCAGCAUUCGUGAUAAUAUACUCUUUGUGGAGCCAUACGAUGAGCAGCGUUACCGUGCCGUGGUGCAUGCUUGCCAGCUGGACUGUGACCUGGCGCUGCUGCCCAAUGGCGAUGCAACUGUUGUGGGUGAGCGGGGCAUCAGCUUAAGCGGCGGUCAAAAGGCGAGGAUUAGUCUGGCGCGUGCUGUAUACCGUCAGGCGGAUAUUUAUUUAUUUGAUGAUCCACUAGCUGCGGUAGACUCAAAAGUGGGUAAACUGCUAAUGGAGAAGUGCUUCAAUCGAUUUUUGGCCGACAAGCUGCGGAUAUUGGUGACUCAUCAUGUGCAGUUGCUGCAGCAAGUUGAUCAUUUAUUGCUGCUCGAAUCGGGCCGUCUAACACAUCAAGGCAGCUAUGCGCAGCUGCGGGAUGUUAUUGAAAAGCAUGCAGCACCAGACUUCGAUGCUAUUGAGGCUGAUAAGUUGCAGGUGAAGCGAGUGCUUAGCCAAGUAGACAGAAAUUCCAAGCUAUUCCCGGAUCCUGCAAAGGCUGUGGAUCAGCAGCCAAACAACGGCAACGCCUUCGCGGAGCGGCAGCAACAAGGCGCCGUUGGUUAUGACAUCUACAGGGACUAUUUCCGGGCUCUGGGCUCUCCGCUCUUGGUGUGUUUGGUGCUCGCGCUCUUUAUAAUCGCCCGAGUUUUGCAAGCGCUGGUGGACAUCUUCAUAUCUCGUUGGGCGACUUGGGAGGAGAAUCGAGAAUAUGAAACAUCCGAGCAAUUCGAAGAGACGCGCUCGCGUAUGGUCACUUGGUACUCGGUGCUCCUGGUGUGCACCCUGGCAUUAUAUUUGUUGCGCACUUUUGGAUUUUUUCUCCUAUGCCUGCGCAUUUCACUUCGACUACAUAAUCAACUCUUUGAUGGGAUAAUUCGUGCCCGCAUGUUCUUCUUCAACGCGAAUCCCUCGGGACGGGUGCUGAAUCGUUUUUCCAGCGACAUUGAGAAUGUGGAUGUGGCGCUGCCACAGGCCAUGAUGGACUCACUGCAGUUUUUUGUGGAUGUGGUCGCAGUAUUGGUUAUUGUGGCUAUUGCCAACUACUGGCUGCUGAUUCCAGCGGCCAUAAUGGCGGUUCUAAUGUACCUGUGCCGUUCCUUUUACAUAGGUGCCAGUCGCAGCCUCAAACGUAUUGAGAGCUUAACUCGUAGUCCAGUUUAUUCCCAUGCCAAUCAAACGUUUCAAGGCUUAACUACAAUUCGGGCCUUAGACGCUAUGCCACAGCUGGAGCGUACUUUUCAUGGACACCAGAAUACCAACUCCUCUGCGCUAUUUCUUUAUACGAGUGCCAAUCGCGCAUUUUCCUUUUGGACGGAUCUAAUUUGUGUAGUUUACAUACUGGCCGUUACAUUCAGUUUCCUGGUUAUCAAUCAGAGCUUCUACAGCGGCGAUGUGGGUCUGGCCAUCACCCAAUCCAUGACACUGGUGAUUAUGUGUCAGUGGGGUAUGCGUCAAACGGCAGAGCUGGAGAAUAAAAUGACCAGCGUUGAGCGUGUGCUGGAAUAUGCCAAUACGCCAUCCGAGCCACCACUGGAGACACCAAAAGCGGUGAAUCUUUCGGCUGAAUGGCCACAAAUGGGACAUUUGCGUUUCUGUGAGCUACGCAUGCGCUACGCACCGGAUGAUACCGAAAUCCUGAAAGGCUUGAGCUUUGAGACACAACCGAUGGAGAAGAUUGGAAUUGUGGGACGCACGGGUGCUGGAAAAUCCUCCAUAAUACAAGCCCUGUUUCGGCUGGCAGUCAACGAGGGACUCAUCGAAAUCGAUGGCCAAGACAUUGCCCAACUGGGCCUGCAUGAUCUGCGUAGUCGCAUUUCAAUUAUACCACAGGAAUCUGUACUGUUUUCUGGCACUUUGCGCUUCAAUCUCGAUCCGUUUGGCGAAAAGAGCGACGAGCAGCUUUGGGGCGCUCUUGAUGAUGUAAAGCUUAAAAAAUACGUUACGAGUUUGGAGGGCGGCCUCUCCUGCCACAUGCAAGAUGGCGGCUCAAAUUUCAGCAUGGGCCAAAGGCAAUUGGUUUGCUUAGCGCGGGCCAUACUCCGUAAUAAUCGAAUACUCAUUAUGGACGAGGCUACAGCGAAUGUAGAUGCCGACACCGACAAACUAAUACAGGAGACAAUACAUACCAAGUUUUCGCAGUGCACAGUGUUAACCAUUGCACACCGCCUUCACACAGUCAUGGACAAUGACAGCGUCCUCGUUAUAGAUGCAGGAAAGAUAGUCGAAUUCGGACCACCGCAUAAACUGCUGCAGCGCGAGGAUAGUGCGCUCUUUAAGCUUGUUAACCAAAACGACAAGGCCACAGUUAAACAUCUUAAGAAAAUAGCUGAAGAUAGUUACACGCGUAAGAACCAAUAAACCGAAAUCAAUUUUAA